GAAUCAACAGAAAACAUGAGCAGCUUCAAAACCCUCUUGUUGUUCAUCAUCUUCUGCAUCUUCUCUUCUUGUUACAUCCCCAGUCCUGCCAUAGCUUCUGAUCAUGAUCCUUCUUCCAAAGGUUUCAUCCAUUGCCUCACCAAGAAAUCCAUUCCUCCAUGGCUCAUACACAAAAGGAGCUCCUCUUCCUAUACACCCAUCCUCAAGUCCUCCAUCAGAAACCCUAAAUUCUUGAACACCACCGCGUCGACGACGCCGCUGUGCAUCGUCAUGGCGAAGAAGACCUCCCACAUCCAGGCCGCCGUCGUCUGCGGCCGCCGGCAUCGUGUCCGCGUCCGCGCGCGCAGCGGCGGGCACGACUACGAGGGGCUCUCGUACCGCGCCGAGGGUCGCCUCGAGCGGUUCGCCGUCGUCGACCUGUCGGGGAUGCGGUCGGUGCGCGUCGACGCAGCGCGCGGCACGGCGUGGGUGCAGUCCGGCGCGACGCUCGGCGAGCUGUACCACGCCAUCUGGAGCAGCGCGCCGCGGCUCGGCUUCGCCGCGGGGGUCUGCCCGACCGUCGGCGUCGGCGGCCACUUCAGCGGCGGCGGCUUCGGCAUGCUGCAGCGCAAGUACGGCCUCGCCGUCGACCACGUCGUGAACGCCACGCUGGUCGACGCGAGGGGCGACCUCCUCGGCAGGGACGCCAUGGGCGAGGACCUCUUCUGGGCGAUCCGCGGCGGCGGCGGCGGGAGCUUCGGCAUCGUGGUCUCCUGGCACAUCAAGCUCGUCCCCGUCCCGCCCACCGUCACGGUGUUCGACGUCGUCAGGACGCCGGAGCGCGGCGCCAUCGACGUCCUCACGAAAUGGCAGGAGAUCGCGCCCCGAUUGCCCGACGACAUCAUGGUCAGGGUCAUCGCCGAGCCACGCCGCGUCACCUUCGAGGCCAUGUACCUCGGCACCUGCGACGAGCUCCUGCCAUUGAUGCACCACCGAUUCCCCGACCUCGCCAUGACAAGGGCGGACUGCAACGAGAUGACAUGGAUCGAGUCCAUCCCCUACAUCCACCUCGGCAGCAACGCGACGGUGGCCGACAUCCUGAACCGGAGCUCCAUCUCCAGGGUGAACACCAAAAACCGAUCCGACUACGUCAGGCACCCCAUCCCAAAGUCCAUUUGGAAGAAGAUCUUCGCCAAGCUACAACAGCUAACCAACUUCGGUGAGGUUCAGCUGUUCAUAGACCCCUACGGUGCCAAGAUCAGCCGCAUCCAUGAAUCCGCGACACCGUUCCCGCACCGGGAAGGCGUCCUGUACAACAUCCAGUACAUCACGUACUGGAACGGUGAUGCAAAUGGCACACUGGCUCUGAAGUGGAGCAGGGACCUGUACAAGUUCAUGGAGCCCUACGUGAGCAAGAACCCCAGGGAGGCGUAUGCCAACUACAGGGACCUUGAUCUUGGGAGGAACAAGGUGGUGAACGGCAUCAGCAGCUAUCACCAUGGCAAGGUUUGGGGGGAGAAGUAUUUCAGGGCCAAUUUCGAAAGGCUUGCCAAAGUGAAGGCCACGGUGGAUCCUGAUGAUUACUUCAGGAAUGAGCAGAGCAUUCCUCCCUUGUUCGAGUGAUGAUCAUGUGGCAUUUCAGGCAUAUGUAAAAGUAAUAAUUUCUUUCGGAUACCUACUGGUAGUUCUUUUCUAGGGUGAUCCAUUUGCAGUGAAAAUGUAUGCAGAUCACAUACCAAUCUUUUUUCUCAAGAAAAAUACUGAUUUUUCAGGGAUAAAAAUAUAUUUAUGUAUG